AUGUUCUUUAAAGUCUACUUUGUGAUUGCUUACUUACUCCUUCUGGCGUCUGGGUUACCACUUUCGGCACACCGCGAACCACCUGAAAGGUUAGAAAAACUUAAUCGUCGUUCCAAAGAUCACUCGAUCGAUUCCACACUCCUUCUUGGAACCUACGAAAAGCUUAACCACAAACGUGAUAUUCUGGCCCUAGACAAUUUAAGAAAUUUCAAACCAAAAUUGGUUACUGAUAAGUUUCAAUUACUUUCCCCAGUAAGAGACCCUAAAGAAGUGUACCAAACUAUCUUGUAUAAUCUCUUCAAUUUGUACUGGGACGGAAGUGAAGGAAACUGGCGUAAUAAAUGUGGUGCUUCUGAAACACCUGUGGUUUGGUCCGUUGCAGUUGCCCUGAGGGCCAUCUCCAACAGUGGUAACUUUGGAACCUCUCAACAAAUCAAUGAUAUCUUGAGUGCUCUCAAUAAAUAUAAACUGAACACUUUGGAGGGUGCUUAUUCUGCCCUGACAGCUCAAGAUAGCGACGUCUACAACGAUGAUGUCAGCCAAGUAAGUUGGGUUUUCACAGACGUUUUAGGCUCGUACCAAUCUCUGCUGCAAUUAGGCUACAAUGCCAAUGAUUUGAUCAACUAUUUGGGAACUCAAGUUAACCCUCAAGUGGGGGGAAUCACCUGGAAAUGUCGACUGCCUUAUGUUUCAUCUAUCCUGACAUUAGAAGCUGCCUUAGCAGCAGUUAGAUACUAUGAGAUCAAUAGUGAACCUUCGUUACUCACUUUUGCCAUAUACAACUUGAAUUGGGUAUUUAACAAUUUGUUAGAACCUGAUACCUGUUUCAUUUAUGAUGGUAUGUCUGCUGACACUCAUGGAGUUAAUAAAGGAAAGUUGACUUACACAAUUGGUACUGCAAUUUCCACAAUGGCCUAUCUCAGCAAGUAUGAUAGCAGCUAUGACUGGAAAUCUAUCGCUUUAGGUUUUGCCUUGAAAGCUUUAUCCAAUGGAACUUGUGAUAACCAAUUUUUCCAUUCAGAUGGUGCUGAUGUUGGUAUUCUUAAUGAUUCCUUGGAUCACUCUCAUUUGUUAUUUGCAGGUUUGGCAGAUUUAUUGGAGUUGACUUCUCCCGCCUCAGAAUAUGAGUCACAAGCUUAUCAAAUGUUCCGUGACUUUGUUCAACGUCAAGUUAGACAUUUGUAUGAAAAGUAUCUUAACUCGGACAUUUAUAUUGGCUCUGCGUGUCCUUCAACCUUAUCAGCUCUUUUAGACUUUGGAUCUUUGGUUCAAAUCUUCCAAGAUGCUAGUAGAGUGGUUGACGGAAUCUAG